CGGCAGAGCGCGGCAGCAUGGCACAGCUCGACCCGGAGCAGAAGAGCCUGUCCCGGGACAGAACCAAGACCAACCAGCUGCUGCCCUGCGCCAAUAACGAUCAUCUGAACAACGCUCUGGGGGCCAUCCGAGUUCUGGGUUUGGAGCUGAUUGACAAAGAACUGCAGCCUCAUCUGACAACUGUCCUCAAGUGUAUACAGGACAAGAACAGGGGCGCACCGGAGCAGGUGGUGGUCAGUGGGGUGCUCCCUGUCCUCGCCCUGAACCUGAGGAACCGAGGCUCUCAGUGUGUCCUGACGGCGAGGCUCGUGUCUGCGCUCGCCAACGAUCCUUUGGUUCGUAAAGGCUUCGGUGACUCUGGUCUGGUCCCUGCUCUGAUCUCGGUCCUGUCGAGUCCAGACCAGGACCUGCUGAUCCACUCGGCCACAGCCUUGAGCCGCAUGUGCUACGACAACACUAAACUCCAGGACGAGUGCGUUCGUUGCAGCGCUGUCCCUCGUCUCGUCUCGAUCCUGUUUCGCUUCUCUGAGCGCCCCCUGUUGGAGGAGGCGUGUCUUCGCGCGCUCUGUAACCUGAGUGGACUGGGCCUGAGCGAGGAGGGGGGUGUGUCCUGGGAGAGGGGCGUGUCCAUGCGCCCAGGUGAGUGCACGUUCACAGGCUCCGCCCCCCUCAGGUGCGGGUGGGCGGGGUCCUGGGUUACCGUGGUGAGGGUGACUCAGUUCGCCCCGGGGCAGUUCUCCGUGAACAUGGAGGUGAUGCGACGCUGCUCCCCGCGCUUCCUGGAGGGGGCGCAACAAAAGACCCUGUUCUCCGUGGUCCGGACCGGGUCCAACGUCUACAAAGUUCUCAAGCACUGGACCCGUAACCAGACCAGGACCAGGAACCUCAAGACCAGGAUGUUCCACACUUUUCUAUAA